AUGACUAUCAUGAAAUCUAUCUCAUCCAUGGGCAACGUCGCCUCCACCUCCGCCAUGUCCAAGAGCUCAAUUGCCACAUCAGGUGCUAUUAAUGUCGGUCAGUCUGGUAACAACAAUGCUGGCCUGACCCAGCUGGUCGGUGGCACUGUCCUGGUCGUCGAGGGUGUUGUCAAUGGUGUUCUCUUCUCUGUCCUUGGACUGGUCGAUGGUCUCCUCGGUACCAUUCACUUGUAA